AUGAGUUAACAAGUUGAAUUAGGUUCUGUGUUUGGAUUAAAUUUUCUACUCAUUUUGUUCACUUUGAUCUGCUAUCAUGUGCUAUUUGUAAGGAAAGGAAUUUACUUUCCAGGACCUGAAGACGGAUCAAUACUCUUGAUCUAAAAUUCAUUCAUAACUAUUAAGCAUAAUAUUAAACUCCUCUUGGCAUUUGAUAAGGAUUAUUAUACUAGAGUUUGUGGGAUUGAUGGAUACUAGUAUCUCUAUUUCAUAAGAUAACUUAUAAAAUUAUAAUUAGUCUUUUUCCUGAUUGCCUUCAUAUCAGGUAUUUUUCCAGACAAGAAAACUAGUUUGAUAAUCAUAGAUCAAGACUUUACUCCUUCAUUCUAAUUUUGUAUGACUUUAAUUUAUUGUGGGAUUUUGAUGUUAUUUGUUUACAACACUUUGGAGGAAAUCAAAAACUCAGAGAUACACUCAGAAGGGGAAGUCGAUAUAAUAAGAUAGCAUUCUAUAUUUAUAAAGGGAAUCAGGGAAGAUGUGACUAAAGAAGAUAUUAAAAAUUUCUUUAAUUAAGUUUUUGAUACUCUGCAUAUCAAAGUUCUAUCAGUUGUGAUAAUUCCCAAAUAUCCCAUUAAGGAAGUCAAGAAUCAGAAAGAGAACGAAUUAUAUUUGCAAAAUAAACAUCAAUUGCUUAUCAGCUGUUUCUCUCCAAAAUUAUAAGAAAUUCCUUAAGUUGAACCUAACAGUGGCCAUGCUAUUAUAACCUUCGAUACUGUUGAAGCAGUGAAUCAAAGCCUCUAGCGAUUUAAGUUUGAGUUUAAAAGCUGUCAUAAAGCUGAUUCUGACAAUAUUGAAGAUGAUAGAAUCAAAAUAAGCUAAACUUAUCUUUUGGCAUUUGAAGCCCCAGAUCCUUUUGAUGUAAUUUACUUAUAUUUAAAUACUACUUUAAAAAAUUUAAUGUUAAGAAGGUUUUUUAUGUAAAUCCUUCUUAUUUUGGUAUUGCUUUUUUUCACAACUCCAACUAGCAUUAUAGAAUUUAUAGGGUUUGAUAAUUCAAUUGGAAAAUAAGAGGAUGAAGGGGACAUAUCUGUAUUUAGAUAAUAUUUCUCUUUGAUUUUAGUUGUAUUGAUAAACAGUGCUCUACUUAUGUUGAUUUAAUUAUCAUCUAGAUGGGAAAGACAUAUAAGUAAAUCGCAGUAUUAAAUUAAAAUUUUCAAUCCUUGUGUAUUUUAUUUGACCAUGAAUAUGUUGGUAAUUCCAGCAAUUUCAUUUUUGGCUGUUCACAACGUGUAUUAAAUUGUAAUGCAGGGUGCCACAAAUAUGAUCUCAGCAAUACAAGCUGUUUAUUUUUUGAACAAUGGGAGAUUUUUCAUAGGAAUAUUAAUCUAAGCUGGUUGUGUAUCUUUAAUAACAAUGUUGAGAUUGGAUGAAAUAUUUACAAGCUACAUAAGUGUUCAAUAUACUGAGUUGAAAAGAAAGCAUUUUAAGAUAUACCCUCAUCUCUAACCUCUUGGAGAUAUUUUUUCGUAUGGAUACUAUUAUGGAUUGUAAAUCGCAGUCCUCUUUAUAGUGAUGACAUUCUCCACCAACAUCCCAUUUAUUCAUUUAGCAGGUGUCUUCUAUUCCAUGUGUAGAUUUUACGUGGACAGUUUGAAUCUGUAAACAGUCUUUGGCUAAGAAAUCAAAUCUAACAACACUCUGAUUUAUCGAGUUUUGAUCACUAGCUUUUACACCAUAUAUCCAAAGUUGCUUCUAAAUUUGGUCAUGUUUGUGUUGGAAUGGAAUACAAAGUAUACUCUCUUAACAAUUGCUACCUUCAUCAUUUCAGUGAUACUAAUAGUAUAGAUCUAGGUUAAACUUGAUCGGUUCACUAAUUAGAGCAUACUUGCCGAUAACAAAAUAAACCUAAUUAUGAAUUAUAAUAUUUAUUAACAUCCACUUGCAAAGUGA